AUGGGAACUGACAAGCAAAAUACCGCUGCUACAGCCGACAGACCCACUGGUUUGAACAAGACUCACUCGAUAUCGAGCUCUUUGAGAGGAAUACUGGGUCGUGCAAGAACAGGUUCCAGAGUAGAGGAUACUGAAAACGAUUUGUCAACAAAUAAUGUAAAAACGAGAGAUCAGGGAAGCCAAGUAAGUCCCCUGAGAAGGGUGGAUGUCCCCAGGAUAGAUUUAAGUCCGGCUGGAAGUAAUUUCUCAGUACAAACAGACAUUUCUCCGCCAAAUACAACACUACUUUCUGAACCAGGAGACUCAGGUAAGAACUACAAGUUAACGGGAACAAAAUCCAAUAUAGGAUCACAUCUAGGUACUGCUACGUCUGCAAAUUCUACGUCCACAACUGCUAAUGUACAUAGGAAAAAGUCACCCCUACAAAAUCCUCCUAUUGAAGAUCCACCAAUUACUACACCGGUGAAAGAACAGCUCAAAAAGUGUCUUGUGGAUUCUCAAACGUUCAAAGUAUAUGAAACGGGCGAACACAAGCAUUUCUUGAAGAUUCUUCCAUUGAUCAACAAUGAAGCUCGUAUCUCAAAAGUCGUUCCAGAAGAUAAGCAUAAAUUAAGUCGUCAAAGCUCAUUGAGCAAAGAGAGGAGCACGUUUUCAUUCACAAAUUUUUUCAAAGUCCACAAGGAAUUCAGCAAUAAAUUCAUGAAAGCAACUUCUUUAAUCCCAAUAGAGUACAGAUUAAGAGAGUUAGAAAUGUCCGUCGAGAGUAAUCCUACCGAUAUAAUAUGCCAAAAAUCAAAACAGCAAGAGACUUUAGAUAAAGAAAUGGGUGCUCAUCAGAAACCAAUACCAAAAAUUGUAUAUAAAGAAUCAGCUUUAGAUGAAGAAGCCUUAAAAUUGAUCAACUUAAUAUCGAAACGAGUUCAAGAUGGAGUAAAAAAUAAACCAUCCCAUAACUCAGAUAAUCCAAGAGAGAACAGUUUCUUUGACACAUAUGGUAGAAAUAUUGGCGAUAUAGGACAUGGAUCAUAUGGUAGUAUAAGCGUAUGUUCAAGAUUAAUGGGCACAUGUGAUCCUAUUUGUUCACAAACUUAUUCGAAUAACAAUAGACUAUUUUUUGCUGUUAAAGAAUUGAAAUUAAGUGCAACUGAUACAGUUGAAAAGUUCAGUAGCAGAAUUACUUCUGAGUUCAUCAUUGGUUAUUCUUUAAGUCAUUAUAACCUCCCACAAUACGAGAAGAACAAUAUUUGUGGUAAAGAUCCAUCAAGAAACCUGCUGAAAAUAUUUGAUUUAAUGCAAAACGACAUCAAUAAUUUUGUAGAAGUAAUGGAAUUUUGUCCUUCUGGUGAUUUAUAUACGUUACUAACUAGAAACUCAAAAUCUGGCUCAGCGUUACAUCCCUUGGAAUCAGAUUGUUUCAUGAAACAAUUAUUGCGUGGGGUAGAGUUUAUGCAUACUCACGGUAUUGCACACUGUGAUUUGAAGCCUGAAAAUAUUCUGUUUUAUCCUGAUGGUUUACUGAAAAUAUGUGACUUUGGUACCAGUUGUGUUUUCCAAACUGCAUGGGAGUCAAAAGCUCAUUUUCAAAAAGGUGCUAUCGGGUCAGAACCUUACGUUGCACCAGAGGUUUUCAUUCAUGACUACAAAUAUGACCCCAGACUGAUUGACAGCUGGAGCUGUGGUAUUGUAUACAUAACGAUGAUUUUAGGUCGCUACAUUUGGAAAUGUGCCAAAAAAGAUGACAAAUCAUAUAAGGAAUAUCUUGAUAGCAUCGAAAAAAAUGGAGAGUUUUAUGUGUUUGAAGAGAUUAGGCAUGUAAAUGUUAUCCUAAAUAAACUGAGACGGCAAUGCCUCUAUAACAUACUGAAGCCGGACCCAACUGCCAGAUUGAAUGUGCAGCAAGUAUUGAACAGCACUUGGAUGAAAAAGACCAGAUGUUGUAAAGACUAG